AUGUAUUUUGAAGUAAUAAACCUAUUGGAUGCAACACUUGAUCCUACUACAAGAAGGGUCCAGACAAAGAACGGGAAGGAGUUUCUUUUGACUGACACUGUUGGCUUCAUCCAGAAGUUGCCAACAACAUUGAUUGCUGCUUUUAGAGCUACUCUUGAAGAGAUAUCUGAAUCGUCACUUCUGGUACAUGUGGUGGAUAUUAGCCAUCCAUUGGCAGAGUUGCAGAUUGAUGCUGUGGACAAAGUUCUUGAAGAACUUGAUACAUCCUCCAUCCCAAAGUUAAUUGUGUGGAACAAGGUCGAUAAUGCCAAAGAUCCUGAUAAAAUAAGAUCUGAAGCCAAGAAAAACCCUGAUAUUGUAUGCUUAUCUGCUUUAACUGGUGAAGGACUUGAUGAAUUCUGCAAUGCAGUUCAAGAAAAACUGAAGGAUACGAUGGUAUGGGUGGAAGCUCUGAUUCCGUUUGACAAAGGAGAGCUCCUAAGCACCAUUCAUCAUGUUGGCAUGGUUGAAAAGAUUGAAUAUGUUGAAAAUGGAGCUCUGGUGAGAGCUCAUGUUCCACUCCGCUUUGCUAGACUUCUCACUCCAAUGAGACAAACCUGCGUGUCAUAGAUCGUGACCAUUAAUAUGUUGGAGUUUGAGAUGAAGAUGCGGUUGCAGCUCGUGUGAUCAUGAUCAGUCCAUGUAGCUACUAAAGCAGUGAUGCCUAUUUCUCCAAACUCUCCUCUGUAUAUAGAAACCGUGAGUUGCUUAUUCACUUCAUUUCGAAGCUUCUUGCUCAUAUAUCAGGAAACCUCAAGCAAGGUGGAAAUGAAAUAUGUUUGUAAAUCAUACUGUUGUAUGAUGAUGAACUUCUACGGCCACUUUUACUAGCUAAGGAUGUUUAGAAUCACAAAUUUCUAGCUAA